AGCCACUUCUAACGGGUGGAGGAGAGGUGGAAACAGAGAUGGCAGCGCUCUUAUAAUCUGCGCUACUGAAAGCCAGUUUUCUAUUGUUCUCAUUCUGUGUAAGUGGGAGUUGAAAAGCUGCGCGCUGCAUGCUGAACGCUGCGGAGCCGGAGGACAGAGUGUGGAAGAAGACAGGCGAGAGAGAGAGAGAGAGAGGGAGAGGGAGAGGGAGAGAGAGGCGGCGGUGUGAGAGACACGACACCGCACGCUAGUUUUCGCCUCGUCUCCUCUUUCUUCCAGAGGCUGGACUUGUUUGAAGAAAAGCAGAUACGGAUACGGCCGAGGACGCGGGACCAGUCCGAGGGAAUUCGGCGAGAGACCCCACGAUGAAGAAGAACAAUUCAACAAAGCGGGGCUUGCAGGACACCAGCCAGCACCCUGCUCAACCAGACAAAAUCGGCUGGAUCCGUAAGUACUGUGGCAAAGGCCUCUUCAGGGAUAUAUGGAAAAACAGAUUCGUCGUGCUAAAAGGAGAGAAGCUCUACAUCUCCGAAAAAGAGGUGAAGGAUGAGAAGAAAAUCCACGAGGUGGUGGACCUUACAGAAUACGAGAGGUCUGAGGAGCUUCGCAAGGCCAAGAGUCGCACCAAGAAAAACCACAGCAAGUUCACUCUUGUGUGCUCCCGCCAGCCAGGCAACACAGUUCCAAAUCUGGUCUUCCUGGCUGUCAGUCCCGAGGAGAAAGAGUCAUGGAUCAAUGCCUUAAACAUAGCCAUCACCAGGUCCAAGAACCGCAUCCUGGACGAGGUUACGGUAGAGGAGGAGAGCUGCCUGGCCCAUCCCACACGUGACCGAGCUAAGAUUCCACACACUCGCCGACUGCCCACCCGUGGACACCUUAUGGCUGUGGCCUCAACAUCCUCGUCAGACGGCAUGCUGACUCUUGAUCUCAUACAGGAGGAAGAUGCGCCAGCACCUGAAGGAAAGAACGCCUGUGAAAAGAACUUCCAUCUCACUCCAAAGUCGUGCGUGGACAGCUGCAAACUCUUGCCUGGCGCUGAGGCCCCUGGCAAGUCUCAGAGCCUGCCACGAAAAAGUGAGAGCGCCUGGGACUGGUCAGUGUCAGACAACCAAAGCCAAACACCCAAGGCCGGAAAAAAGCUCACAGGGGCUGAGAAGAACCGCUGCGCCUCCAUGGACGAAAUCCUGUCACACUCAGAGACACGGGCCACCAAGAGGCCCAUUCCCCACUGCUCCGUGUCUGCUCCCACUCACCCCAUUGGGCAUCUGCAGGAGCUCAUCUCCCAGAAGCUGGAGAGAACUCAGGAGCUGCUGACUGAAGUGAGAGGGCCCAGUCAGGGAAAAGGGAAAGACUCCACCCCUGGCAAGGGUUCCAGUGCGGAGGGACAGCGGGCCGAGGCUGAGCGGCUGCUGGAGGAGGCAGCGUCCACUUGGGGCCAGGCACGGGAUGUCCUUGAGGAGGUGAAGGAGCUGAGAGUGCUUUACAGGCAGCUGGACUCAGCCUCACCCACAGCGCUCAGCUCCUCACCCAGCAGCAAGCUGAAGAACCAGCAGCAAACUAACUAUAGGAAAAGCAUGAUGUGAGGACGUGAGGGAUGGAUAAGGUGCAAUGUCGCUAAAAGGACUUCCCAGAAGGGCUGCACAAUUGUAAUGAAUGAUUGCGAUUCAUUUGACUGAUAUUGUGAUCAAUUUUGAUUUAGACAGCGAUUUGCCAGGCACACCCAUUUACUCAAAAUGGGCCCAAUUUGUCAAAAGCUUUGUAAAGUACUCUGGCAGUCAAAAAGAAUUGCUAACAUGCAUGUAUGUUGUACACUGAUGUCCACCAACUGUUUUUGACCUGUUUCUUCUAUCUGUUAACGGAAUCGCAACAAAUGACAGAUAUUCCAACAAAGCAAGAUGCCACAUACUACAUUCCUUUUUUGCCCAGUACAGAGCAACCAGUAAGAAUAGAGCUCAUUUACAUACAUCAGUCUUACGAAAAGAGCUUUUUUUUUGUUCUAAGGGAUAAAGAGUGGUGGGAAAAUGGUCAUGUAAAAACUAAUUAGGACUGUUUUUGGUAAAUAAAACCACACAAAGUCAUAAGCGCACCGGGGGGGUGGGGGUGUGGGUGGAACAAGAAAAUGUAGGAUAUGUGCUUUUUUAGUGAGAUUGAGACACAAUUUCACAACAAAUUAAUAUCACAAGAACUCAGUGGGUUUUAAAUGAUACCUGAAUUUCAUUGAAUGAAUGUGUGGCAUCUUGCAUUGUCUUGUGUCUGUCUUUUGUUCUGGCUUUCCUCCUUUAAGUGAACAGACAUGAAAAUGAUGUACAUCAGUGCAUGACGUGUGUGUGAGCAGUUCUUUGUGGCUGCACAUCUGAACCAUUAUGGAAAGCAUUUAAAGUGAUGUUUGCUACCCUGUUCCAUCUGUAUGGUACAAUAGUUUUGGUAAACUCAUCCAGAAACAUCAGUUUAGGUCAGCAUACCCAUAGCCCACAGGAAUUCCUCAGUGCUUUUUAUAGGCAGAAAUGUUUGUGAUGCAGCAAACAUACUUUUGUUACUCUUCACUCCAGUGGAUCAGUGUCCCACUGUGUGUACAGAUCUUCCUCAUUUCCUCAGUGGACUCAGUUGACUGAACAUUGUGAAACUGAAUAACAUGCAUUACCAUGUAUGUAUGUCAGAAUUGUACAAGCGGGUUUAAGACCUGAUUUACUACAGUUAAUAGCAUGUGCAAACAAGCCAGAAAACACCAGUGAUACUUGCCAUAACCCAGUUAUAAUUUUACUAAAAUUGCAUAUACUAACCAUACUGAACAUGCUAUUUGCUUUAGUAAAUGCAAGUCCUGGUUUGUCUCACUCAGUUCAGGGUCAGAGGUUUGGAGCUGAUUUUUCAUAUAUUUGCUGCUCCAUAACAUCAGCAUUAGUCAGACAGCAGUCGACUGCUGGGCUCUGCUUAUAUUGCUAUAUUAGCUUUCACCAUAAGAAUGAUAGGCCAGGGUAUAAAGUAGUGCUGGUUCUAACUCUGAGCACUUCACAAAGGGGAGUGUUACAUAAGGCAGAUGAGACAGAUGGACAUACUGAGAAAACCACUGUCAUCACCAGCCUCUCUCAUGCGAAUGUGAAUGUUUUCCUUUUCUACUUCAUAAUACACUGGAACAGCUCUGGUCCAGCAAGGCUGCACAUCCCCAACUCUCUGGACUCUGUGAGGCUGUGAGAGCCUUUGCUGCUUCGCUCCUGUUUUCCCAAUGAUGCUCAGCAAAAAUGCUGUAUUAUAUACAGGUCUACUAACAAUGACAUCCUUAUCACAAUGGCUGUGGAUAAAAGGCUCAAAAAAGAUGAGAACGGCUGAUUUGGACUUUUACAUUUGCUGGUUGACGUCAUUACAUGUUCUCCACAAGCUUUCCUCAAGUGUAGGUGGACUCAAACUCUAAAAAAAAAGCCAUGUGUAAUUAUAUUGUA